UCGCCUGCUGCCAUAAUGUACUUGACUCUUGCUCUGAAUACUCAAAAUUAGGGAAAUUAUGGCUUUUGUAACUGAUUGUGUAUCACAAGAAACCUUUACAAUUACGCCUAAGGUUACGACGACUACCCGCAUUAGCCUAGAAGGACUGAACCAGAAGCAAUGGCAGAGCUAGAGACAAAGGAAGAGGAAUGUAAAAUGGUCAGUGACGAUAAGAAGCAAAGUUUGGUAAAUGAAGUUGAUAUCUGUGCCACCAAAGACACUGUAGAAGCAGUUGAACAUUGUGGAAAUGAUGGAACUAUAGAUAAAAUGGUGGAGGGUAUUAUAAAGGAGGAACCUGAUGUGGAAAAGAAUAAUGAAAUUAAAAACGCAGAUAAAGUCAGUGGACUUGCACCAGAAAAUGUGAAAAGCAAUGAAAACGACAAAGAAAAUAUGGAAAUCAAAGAAAAUUGUAAGGAAAAUAUGGAAGUGAAUGAAAAUAAGAAAGAUGCAGAGGUAAAGGAUGCUAAUUUGGAAAGUGAAAAUGAUUUAAACCUAGCAGCAGAAGACAGGACAGGGAAAGCCGAACAGGCAGAUGUUGGGAAGAAAAGAGGACCAAAGAAGAAAACCGUAGAAAACAAAACUCAAAGAAAACCAGACAAAGUAAGGAGUAAUACUGGUGAUGUAGCAGUUCCAGAAGGUUGGUCAAGGGUGGUAGUACAGCGGACAACUGGUGCCUCUGCUGGCAAGCUUGAUGUUUACUACUUCAGUCCCACUGGCAAGAAGCUACGGUCAAAAAAUGAAGUACGAAUUCACUGUGAAGAAAAUAAUUUAGAAGUGGAUAUGGCCAUGAUAGUCUUUUCUCAGAAAGCACCUACAAGUGAAGUGCGUAUUGCUAGAGGUGGCCCAGGUGCUCCAAGGACUCCCAAAACUGCAUCUUCCAAAACUCCAAAAUUACCUAAAGGUCCUAAGAGCCCCAAAACACCUAAACCACCAAAGAGUACUAAAAGUGAACUGGGGAAGAAGAGGAAAGCCACAGACAAAACUGAGGGACCGUUGUUAAAGAAAGCAAAAGUUGAUGACAAGAAGAGUGAAUACUUCAAAAUGAAAGGUGACACACUGGGUCGAGUAAGAUUAAAAGCUACAGCCAAAUGGAAUCCUCCGCGCUCACCAUUCAAUCUCUUCCAAGAGUCUCUCUAUCAUGAUCCAUGGAAACUUCUUAUUGGGACCAUAUUCCUCAACAGGACUACAGGUGAAGAAGCUCUUGGUAAAAAUAUAUUGUGGCAGUUUCUUGAGAGAUGGCCAACUCCUAAUGAUACAGUUAUGGCAUCAUGGGAAGAAAUUGCUAAUCUUAUUCAACCUCUGGGUCUUCACGAAAAAAGAGCAAAAAUGAUUAUUCGUUUUUCAGAGGAGUACUUAACAAAGGACUGGGUUUACCCGAAGGAACUUCAUGGUAUUGGAAAAUAUGGAAAUGAUUCAUACAGAAUUUUCUGUGUCAAUGAGUGGCGAAAGAUCCGACCCUCUGAUCACAUGUUGAACUUCUAUAUUGAUUGGCUGUGGGAUAAUCACCGAUUUUUUGGCCUUGAUUAGUACUUAAGAAGCAUGGGUCAUAACAAUAUCUAUUUCUGACUCCACAGUUUUUUAAACCUUUAUGAACACAACUGUACACAUUGGGCAUUUCGAGUAAUCAUGUUGUCUAAUUGCUAAGAACAGCACUCUUAGUACAUUGUUCCCAACACUGGUAUUUAUUAAUUUACUAUUGUGUAUCAGUGAAUUUAUGACUGAAGUAUCCUUUGCACUAAAUAUAUUUCUAGAUAUUUAUUGUGUUUAAAUAAAUUGAGAAAAAUUAAACAAAUCCACAUAGUAAAAAUAAAGAAACCAUAUGUUGAGUAAAUGACUUCGUACUCUUAGUGUUCAUUGAUUUUUAUGAAAUUAGAGACUAACUGAAACACGAUAUGAUUAAAAUUAAAAGAGAAUUAAUUGGCCAUUAAAACAUUUGAGGUCUUGUAGAUUUACUAUUGUAAAUUUGCUACAUCUCCUAGGAAAAGCUUUGAUUUUAUUUAUAUUUGUUGAUAGGCUUAAUAUGAUAAGUGUUAUUAUAGUUCAUGAUUAUGCACUUUUUUUUUCACAAUAUACCAUAGAGCUCAUUUUACUCGUUUGUAGAUAGACACAUUCAGUUUAGUCAGGUAAGUAAUUCUAAUAUGGCUUCAUGAAUUUUUUUAUGUUUACAUUUGUAUAUAAGAAUUUGUUUUGGAAAGAGAGAGACAAAUGCAGUAUGUAUAAUGUAAUCCUUUAUUGACAAUGUUUUGCUCACACACUGGACUUUAUCAAGCCACAAACAAAUCUGUUUGUGAUUUCAUUAAGUCCACUGUGUGGACAAUGUUGUCAGUAAAGUAUGAAAUUAUACUGCAUUUGUGUCUCUUUCUCCACCGUGUCGUUAUUUUAUAUUAUUUGUCUCCAAAAAUUUGUUUUAUUGAUGAUGUAGGAAUUGUUGGUUUUAACACUGAAAUAAAAAGUGAAAAAUGCUAAAUCAUGGCUAGCUGAAGUUCAUGACGAUAUUAAAUUUAUUCGAAAGUAAAGUUAAGCAGUGUAGCAAUUAUGGUUUGUAACAUGUGAUAGUUGUCACGAAGAAUCAUUAAGGGAUCAUAAGUUUUGAAAAUAUAUUUUGUGAGUAUCCUACUCAUUGACUCGGUGCUAGGUAAUGCACUUAGUACAUUUUUCUGCAAAGGCUCCCAUGAAUGGAAUUAUAUUUGGCAGGCAUAUGUUUCUGUCAUCUUAGAUUGCCAUCUUUGAUUUCAAUUUUACUGUUGCAUUAACCCCUGCCACCACACACCCCUACUCCUCACUUUUACCUUUUACACAUAUCUACUUUCACACAUCCAUCUCCACAGUGCUGUGUAACCCUUAUGGGUUUAAUUUUUAAAUUGAUUUAUUAUUACUUUACAUUUCCACAUCAGUUGGAACACAGCUUCAUAAAUAACUGGCUAAUUGAACAGCAAGAACAUGAUCAUUUUUAAGAUGUAUAUGGAAAAUGGCAGGUACCUCUUACUAACUUUUGUUACAUUCAGUAUACUGUUGACCUGUCUUGCUUUCCUGCAUUUUUCUUAAGUUCUUAUUCCAGUAAUAUUUGUUUGCCAAAUUUAGGAGGCCUGAUGUGAGACCAGUCUAUGGGAGCAAUGAUUCCUGGAGCCAUUUAUAGAUUAACAGUUUCAAUUUUUAAAGAUUAGUUUAAAUCAAAUUAAAAUUGUAUUCCCUAGAAUGUUGAUUAAUUUAAAACUGUUGACAAAUAAAAUUUAGCAAUUAUUUCUUUCCAACUUUAGGAUCCUUUUCCUCAGUAGGUUAGUAAAUAAUCAGCUGUUGAUAUUACUGGACUACUUUUAUAAAUUAUAAAGCCUCAUUCAUCUAUUUUGUAGAGAACAUAAAUGAUGAGCAAAAUUGGAUAAUGCAAUUGACCAUUCCAGUUGUUUUUUCAGCUGUUAUUGAAGUGCAUGUGUUAAGAAAAUGAUAGUGUGUGAAUAACAAGCAUAAAUGUAUUAGCUAAAGUUUUAAGGCCUUAGGUUAGGUAGAAAUAUAUUUACUAAAGAUUUAUGGGUUUGUAUACUAGGGAAAUGGUGUGAAAUAGACCAAGGGGUAAUUGCAAAAAAUAAUAAUAAUAAUAAUAAUAAAAUAAAAUAUUGUAUAACAGCAAACUUAAUGUCAUGAAAUGUACAAUGCUAUGGAAACACACAAAGAAAAGUUUAGCUAUAAAAUUAGAUGUUUGCCCUGGAUGCGUACUUGCUACUUGAUAAUGAUUCAGGAUGGAUAAAAACAUCAUAUAGUUACGUAUUUGGCAGGAUAUAUAAGUAAAAGGGCAAUUAAAGUUUAAGGAAAAAAGGCUGUUAUUAAAUAUAGUACAACUUGUAAUUCACAUGGGUAAUAAAAGUUUUGUGUGUACAAAUUAUUUAAAAAAUUUUUUUUUUUGCUUAACUGCUUUAAAUAAUGGCUCUUUGGUAAGUAAGAAAAAGCAUAUUUUGAAUGAGAUGGUUACUUUUCAGUUUUGGGGUAUAUGAGGUAAAAAACAGUAGGCACAAAAAAAAGUAUUUGCUGAAUGACCUUAGUAAAAAAAAAAAAAAAAAAGUUGAAUCACGAGAAUUCCUGGGUUUGACUUGUAAUUCUGGAAAUGGGAA